GCCGUGGGUUUGUGGGGUGCCCACUGCACCCCUGAGGAUGUGAGGAGGGACUAGACCUUGCCCUGCACCCCAGGACUCGUCUGUGUGUCCUGCUUGUUGGACUGAGAUGUUUUCAAUGGGGCCAGUUUGGGAGGCCAUGAAAACUCCUGGCUUUGGGGACCUGCCCCCCAGAUCUGUGACCUUGGGCACACAUCACACCGUUCCUUUUCUGGCAUGGGGAGUAGGCGGCCAAAGAUUUCAAGUUCAAAAACAGGAAAGUGACAUGAUAAUCACCCCAUCAUGGAUAGUGUGCUGUAUCCCGUACUUUAGGGGGCUUCUGUGCAUCGUUUCAUGUAAUUCUUAAAAUGAGAUGAGGCACUGUUAUUUCUAUUUGAUAUCUGAAGCAGAAGGAGAUUCACCUGCUCAAGAACACACAGCUGGUAAGGCGCCCUGCAGGAGCCUGAAUCCAGCUCUUGAGCACUCUGCAGUGCAGGUGUAUUGACAGAUGGGCUUUUAAAGUAUGAAUUGGCAGCACGGAAAACCUUAGGGAUUAAGUAGCCAUUUUUCGUGUAUCAGGUUACCUUCUUGCUGGGACACUAUUUGAAAAGAAAUGGUAGGUGGUGGUUUCAGUUUUUAAAAAAUUUUUAGGGACAACCCAGGAGAUCUUCCCAUAAACUGGUGAUACUUGAUAGUUGUAAUUUUUCAAGCUUUAGGAGGAGAACGACCAUGACAUUGGGUUGCAAAGCUGAAAUUUUAACUACAAGUGAAACCUGCAAGUAUUUAGAGAGAGAAUUUUUAUUUUUCAGAUGAGACUGAUCAGCGCCUUGAAACAAACAGUAAACUUGAACACUUCUAAAGGCAAUGGUGAAAGAAAAGAAAAGAGCAGACAAAAAAGGGGAUAAGUCCACCCGCUCUUCCUCCUCUCUCUCUGAUUAUCCAGAGUUUGCCAAACAAGAUGGCAGUGUGGCUAGGCAAGAGAUGUCCCCCGGUGCCGUCCCACCAUUGGAAAUGCAGCCCAGCGAAUUGGGGCCCCGAAGAGAGUCCAAACAUGAUAACCAGCAGAAUGAAGAUGCCACUCACUACGAAGAGCCCAUUCUCACCAAACUCAUAGUUGAAAGCUACGAAGGGGAAAAAGUCCGUGGACUAUAUGAGGGAGAAGGCUUUGCGAUCUUUCAAGGAGGUUGCACCUACCACGGUAUGUUUUCAGAAGGACUCAUGCAUGGACAAGGGACUUACAUUUGGGCCGAUGGACUGAAAUAUGAGGGGGAGUUUGUGAAGAACAUCCCCAUGAACCAUGGCGUGUACACGUGGCCGGAUGGCAGCACCUACGAAGGAGAAGUGAUCCACGGCGUGAGGCAAGGGUUUGGUAUGUUCAAAUGCGGCACACACCCCGUGUCCUACAUCGGCCACUGGUGUCACGGCAAGAGACACGGGAAGGGCUCUAUUUAUUACAAUCAAGAGGGUACCUCCUGGUACGAGGGGGACUGGGUGUACAACAUCAAAAACGGCUGGGGGAUCAGAUGUUACAAAUCUGGAAACAUAUAUGAAGGUCAGUGGGAAAACAAUAUGCGCCAUGGGGAAGGCAGGAUGAGGUGGCUGACGGCGAAUGAGGAGUACACGGGUCAGUGGGAAAAGGGCAUCCAGAAUGGUUUUGGAACACACUCCUGGUUUCUGAAGAGAAUCCCCAACUCCCAAUACCCUUUGAGAAAUGAAUACAUAGGAGAGUUUGUAAAUGGAUAUCGUCAUGGCCAUGGAAAAUUUUACUAUGCCAGUGGGGCCGUUUAUGAGGGAGAAUGGGUCUCCAAUAAAAAACAUGGUAUGGGCCGAUUAACUUUCAAAAAUGGGCGUGUGUAUGAUGGCUCCUUUUCCAAUGACCACAUAGUGGAGUUUCCAAAUCUUGAAGUUGAGUUCUUAAGUCACCUGGACCUGUCUUCAGAGUCUUCCUUCAAGAGCCGGUACCCUGCAUCCUCCAUCAGUGCUGAGAUUAUCAGAAAGCUUGAUGGCAGUGAAAGUAAUUCUGUGUUAGGGUCGAGCCUUGAGCUAAAUCUCAGUUUGUUGCUGAAUAUGUAUCCUGAGAAAGAUCAAGCAGAGGAAAAGAAGCAGGUAGAAUAUGCUGUCUUAAGAAAUAUUACAGAAUUGAGAAGAAUCUAUAGCUUUUACAGCAGCCUAGGAUGUGAUCACUCUCUGGAUAACACCUUUCUGAUGACAAAGCUUAACUUCUGGAGGUUUCUAAAAGACUGCAAAUUUCAUCACCAUAAAAUAACUCUUGCUGAUAUGGACAGGAUAUUAAGUACCGAUAGUGACACUCCAGUUGAAGAAAUUCAUUCUCCAUUUACAACAAUACUUUUGAGGACAUUUCUCAAUUACCUCCUGCAGUUGGCUUACCACAUCCAUCACAAAGAAUACCAAAACAGAAGCCCAUCGCUCUUUCUGUGUUUUACCAAACUGAUGACUGAGAACAUUCACCCAAAUGCCUGCCGUGUAAAAGGCAGUUUAUUCAGUGGACAGCAGCGGACACUCUAUUCCAUGAAUUACAUCGACAAAUGCUGGGAGAUUUAUACAGUUUACUGCAGACCACACACAGCCCCUCCCCACGAGCCUUCCAUGAAGAUGCGACACUUCCUCUGGAUGUUGAAAGACUUUAAAAUGAUAAAUAAAGAAUUAACAGCAACCAAGUUUGUGGAGGUCAUUGCAGAGGAUAAUCCUUUCAUACAUGACGGCGUUGACAGCAACUUCGAACCUGAGCUGGUUUUCCUGGAAUUCUUUGAAGCUCUCUUAAGCUUCGCACUCAUCUCUGUCACUGAACAAAUGAUUAAAACCUAUUUAAAUUUGCCAAAUGAUGACCUGUCUGGAAACAAACAUGGAAGCUCUUACAUGACAAAUCAGAACAUCCAGAACAGGAGUUCAAGUUUAGGAACAAGCCAGGAAUCAGAUCUGCAGGACGGCAGCACCAAGUCAUCUUCAAGCAAGCUAGGGCUCAUGCUUGAUCUUAGCAAAAUACGGAGAUCAGAGCCCAAGAUCAAGAAGUCUCUAAGUGAUGAAAGAAUUUCCAAAAUGAACUUUAAAUCUCCAGGAAAAGGGCUAACCUUUUUUUUAUCCCAAAAUGAGAGAAAAGAAAAAUCCAAGGACGAACAAAAAGAGAAACUUGCUGUGUGGGUCACGAGUAUGUAUAUCUUUUUCAUGAAUAUACUGUUCCCUGCACAUAAACGUGAAGAAAUCCUCAAGGAGAAAAUAAGGGAGGACAGGCUGCAUCACGCGGCCACGGCCCACCAGAGGAAACUCGAAAACAAUGAGUUGGAAGCAAGGCUGAACACCUUGAGAGAGGAAGAGGCCAGAAGACCAGACUAUGAUGUCGACAUCACUGUGCUCAAGGAACCGGAGGAUGCCCCAUCCUCAAGUUUCACACUGAGCCCCCCUAAAGAGGACACGGCAGUGUCCCAAUCCAGCAAGCCCGUCAUAAGUAAGAAAAAGAAAAAGUAGAAGUUACUGGGUUUGGAAACGAGCCCCAAGAACAAGCAGAUGUAAAAGGAGCUUACAAUGGAAGCAUGGUAACACAUUUCCUGACCAAUAAAAU